AAGGCUUGCCCUGACGCGUUCCCUUCACACACUAGUGAUUCUCUAAGCGAAAGCUAUUGACCACUACUACUCUCCUGACUUAACAGUCAUCUAUUUCAAAGCAGACCAAACGAUUACCACAAGUCUUUCAACAUCAUGGCUGAGUCGAAGAAGGAUAUCGAGACCAGCGAGGGUGGUACUCUGCGAAAGCAGAAUUCUGCCCCAGGGUCUCUGGUAACCUCCCCUCAGCGGGAAUUUAACUAUGCAGAGGUUAGAAAGAUAAUGCUAACAUUAGCUGACGUGGUCGAGAAGAUCGUCAGUAAAAUGCCAGCCGGACAAAGGCCCAAUAAAUACUCGGGUGAUGAGGCACUUGUGGCCACUCCACAGAGCUUGAGAGAUACGGUGGCGGACCAUGAUGCUCGUAGACAGAAUGACAUGUCUACAGCUCAGGGGCAAGAAGGAACAAGCUGCGGGGAACGAGACUCACAACGGAGGUUGUGCGUCUCGGCACCCGCAGUUCUUGAAACUAGGUUUGUCCUUCCGGGGGCAAUUGAUGACGAAGAGUGGGUCCCUGCAGUUGUGUCUACACCUGCAGCGGCUUUAGAUGAGGAAGAGAGAAGCUUACCAGAACCAAAACCAAAAGGCCGGAAGAGAAUCCGUGCUUUCAUGCGCAGAGCAUUGCGGGCUAUCCAAAAAGCCUGCUGUUGCUGCAUAAUUGAGGAUAACGUGGAGCCAUUUUGAUCCUCAUUUUGACCCGUAUAGAUGAAGCUGAUGUCUAUAAAGGUUCUGGUAUUAAGCAAACGGGUUUUUAAGAACCACCCUAUUGCCGGUCAGGUUCGUCAUUCCUUGGAUAUAUCAGCUAUCCAAGAAGCAGCUGAUCAUAUGGUCCAUUCGACCAUCGCCCAUGAGCUCCGGCAGAUCAGCUGAUUUUAAGUCGGGUUUUUCUUACCUGCACCCAGCUCGUGAUAAAACACUGGCAGUAUAGUCCCUUCGGACUCGAGCCGGCGAGCUUGUUUUCCUUGGAAACAUGCCCGUUCCAAGAAGAGGAUGAUCAUAAAUGUGGUCUAUCGACCACGGGCGUCAUGCUCAACCGGAUCAUGCUGAUUAGUCAGUCAGGUUUGUGUAACCUGCACCCAUCUCGUGAAAAACACUGGCAGUAUAGUCCCUUCGGACUCGAGCCGGCGAGAUUGUUUUCCUUGGAGAAAUGCCUUUCCAAGAAGAGGAUGAUCUUAAAUGUGGUCCUUUCGACUACGGGCGUCAUGCUCAACCGGAUCAUGCUGAUUAGUCAGUCAGGUUUGUGUAACCUGCACCCAUCUCGUGAUAAAACACUGGCAGUAUAGUCCCUUCGGACUCGAGCCGGCGAGAUUGUUUUCCUUGGAGAAAUGCCUUUCCAAGAAGAGGAUGAUCAUAAAUGUGGUCUAUCGACCACGGGCGUCAUGCUCAACCGGAUCAUGCUGAUUAGUCAGUCAGGUUUGUGUAACCUGCACCCAGCUCGUGAGAAACACAGGCAGUAUAGUCCCUUCGGACUCGAGCCGGCGAGCUUGUGGAACCAGACUAUUGCCAGUAUGGUUCAUCAUCUUUGGAUAUAACAGCUUUCCAAGAUGCAGCUGAAUGGUCAGGUUCAUCUAGCCUGCGGUCAAGCGGUAGUGAUCG